AUGGAGGUCCAGGAGGAGAUAAUAAAUGGCAAUUUCAGCCGGGCCGGGGCGUAAUGUGUACUCUACUCUCUGUGUGAGAGAGAUGCACUGUCUUGUUAAUUGUUGUUUGCUUUCCUACACCUGCGUCCCCCUGCUCUGUACAGGUUGAGCAAGCCUGGAUGUGAGAGACAGGGUCAGGUGACCAUGAAGGAGGGCUGAAGGUUACAGAGGAACUGGAAGGAGAGGAGGAGAUAGAGAGAGAGAGGAGAAAGAGAGAAGAGGAGUGGAGAUGAGAGAGACAGAGAGAAGAAGAAAAAAGGAGGAGUGUGAAUUUGCUGGAGAGAGCAGUGGAGAGCUGGAAGAGAGCCAAACAGAGAGAGUGAGAGAAUGCCCCUGACCUCCCUAGUGGCCUCUCUCUCUCUCUCCCUCUCUUCCUCUCUCUCUCUGCAAAUAACUGCCUGCAUGUUAUUGUCUGAGUGCUUUCCAUCUCUCUCUCCACUCUUCCUCACUGUUUUCCUUGACAAAAUUUUUUUUCUCUCUACAGUAUCUCUCUGCUCUCCUCCAUUGGGCUCUGGAAGCGCCUGCAUGUGUCCAUCAUGGCUUCGUUGUCUUAAGAAAUCAGCCGCCCAGAAACGGGGGCUACAUUUUUCAUGAGUGUGUUAAAAGGAAUAUUGAGACAAAAGCACUUAUGAGGCAGCCUUUCUCCCUUUUUCACCUUUCAAACACACUCAGAACUCAGCUUUGAUGGCUCUUUGUUCGCAUUAAAAGGCUGGCUUUAUUCUCCAAAUAAUAGCUACAACCUUUUGGGACCUGUAUAUAUUGACUGCCCUGACUGUGGUCCUGCUAAGAGGGGUCCACCCACUGUCCAUCCAUUCCCUCUGUAAUGGCUGAUGAUGGAGCUGGUUGUACUUAUAUUUAUGUGCGCUUAGCUUCUGGCUAACUCUUAGCAUGUAUUCAUGCUAUGAUGAGCCACCUGCAGCUGCUUAGUUGGGCUGUGAGCUAUUGAUCUGUGUGUUAACGAUAGGGGUAAAUACAGUGAGGACACACACACAUACACACACACUUCAGGACUGAUGCAGAGGCAGAGAAUGGGUGUGCCGCCGGCCGCUCUGGUCCAUGGCUGUGUUGUGGAACAUGCAGUUACUACACUACGCUAUUCAGGCCACUCAUCAAUCAGCCAUGUGAAACUUGUGUGUGUCUGUCUGUGUGUGUGCUCCCAAAAGGCCAGUCUAUGGAACUGUUAAUGUUGGGGUCUCAAGAUGAACUGUUAGUCGAUCAAUAUGGUGCAGUGUUAGACGUCCAUAAGGAUGGAGCACUCUUGCACUUCCCUUCCCCAUUCCCUGCUUAUGGAAGUCUCAAUACAGUUCAUGAUCAUAUGAUUCCAAUAAGAAACUAAAAGGACCCUGACUGAUGACAACACCUGCAAUUCAAUUUUGAGCUCCCUCAUGUCUGUAACUUUGAGGUACAAACAGUUCUGUGUAUAUGCAGGUAAUCCUGUGAAUUUGGGUAUGUGUGAAUGUGAAGUGAGAUCUGGUCCCAGGGAUUCACACAGUAAACAAAACUGAAAUUCAUCUGCUUGCUCUGUCCUCAUAUUUAGCCUCACAUUGAAGUGUUUUACCAUUUUCUUUCCAUGACAACCAGGGCUACAAGUAGAACACAAAGUAGAACACAAAAACAAUUUGACAUAAACACUUCCAUUCAAGAGUUUUAUUGACAAAUGUCAAUAACAAAAAUAAGGUCCACCAAGCAAAAAACUGAUUACAAAAAAUGCAUUUAUAAGAAUGCUGUAAGUACUGAAAUAAUUUGCUCAGUGGGAAAUUAAUAUCCAACUAGUCAGUGACAACUGUGUGGAGUUUAGAGAUUGUGACAGCAAUCCAAUGCAACAACAGAGAAGUCUGUAGCUCAAAAACACAAUGUUUAAAAUGGGUUGGAAGCACUAAAUCAUGCCAGUAUGUUUGUGGGACUCAGAGAUAUCUGCACAACAAACAUGCAUGUGCAAGUGUUUGUAGGCUAUAUGUUAUACCUGAUUAGGUGGAAGCGGUUGGUGGAGGUUGGAGCCCUUGUUAGGAAUUUAUGAAGUGAUCAAUUGUUUGUUCCCAGGGGAGGGGGUUUGGCAGCCGUCACAGGCAGGCAGGCUGGGUAGAGACAGGGCAAGGAGUGAGGCAGGCUGGGUAGUGACAUGCCAUGGAGUGUAGGAUCACACACCAACAGGUAGGCUGGCUACCAGUAGCAGCUUUAGGCCACAAGUCAAAGGCAGGUUGUAGGAAGUCUGGAAAAUGACUGUGUACCUAAUUAAGUCACUACAAACUGUGAUGAGAUGACAAACAUACAACAGCCAUUCCAAUCUAUUUGCGUUUAAGAAAAAAAUAAGAGUUUGGUAUUGUUCUCAACAGUUUCUUUCAUUUACAAUAAUAAUCCAUCUAACAAAACAACGGCCAUAUAAGAAGCAGAUUGUUGAUGUACUCAUCCCAAUGUUGACAAAAAGUCAGACACACUAGUCUACAUGGAGUGCUUGCCUAGUAUCUCUGAUUUCCCAGAAGCCUCGGUGCCUGCCUAUGCACACUACACUCUUAGAAAAAAGGGUUCCAAAAGGGUUCUUCGGCUGUCCCCAUAAAAGGGUUCUUCAAAGGGUUAUUCUAUGGGGGCAGCCGAAGAACCCUUUAAGGUUCUAGAUAACACCUUUUUGUUCUGUGUGAAGCUCAUAAAAUAUUGGUGCAGUAUUGGGUUGUAGGGGUGUGGUGUGGUAUGGUAUGGUGGAGUAGCAGCAUCCACCCACACACACAGCACAUUUCUUAGGGAGGUUGGUGGCUCAGCCCUCCAUGAGCAGCCCUCCAGCCGCAGUUUCCCAUGAUGCACUGUGUUUGUAAUCAGGUCUGGUGCUAUGCUGGCCCUCCAAGUUCCUCUCCCUAGACUCCUUUGCAAUGCCUCUUAAUACUGAACAACUCUCCUUUCUCCAAUCCUCACUGCAGUUAAAAAUAGCACUUUGGCCAUGCAGUCAGAGCACAAACCAUUACAGCACCACAGACCCAAAGUGUAGUACAACAUAAGAAACCUUAAAGAAAAAUACAUAGUGGAGCUCUGUCUAUUCCAAUACAAAACAUUUGAUUUAAAAGCUCUGCUUACUAGGCUUUCAGAGGUUUUAGUUUAGAAAUAUUGUAAAAUGGCCUCCAUUGUUAAGAUGGAGACUGGUUCUUCUGGAUCCUUCAAGCCAUUCAUUGGUUGUUCUUUGUUUGUUUCAGUUUUUUUUCUAACACUCAGAAUGUUACAUUGUAAAACAACCCCCAUAAAAAUACCCUCCAAAUAUGGAUGAAAAAUCUUCCCCCAAAACAUAAAAGGGCUCAAUAUUUUUUUUGUUGUUGAAAAAAUAGGGUUUUUCUUCACAUUGAUUAGGAUCAGGGCUAUAGUGGUAAAAAUCAAAGGUGGCUAAAGGCUGAACAUUGGUUGAGAAGAAAACCUAAACACUAUCAAUGACUAACAUUCCCCCCUCUCCUCUGUUUGCCUUGCAGUUUUCAGUGAAGAUUUACGUUCCAGCUUAUAUUUUGUCAAUGCAUCUGUGCAAGAGGUAGUGUUUGCCAGCACCACAGGGACCUCGGUGCCCUGUCCCGCCGCGGGCGUGCCCCCCGCCUCGCUGCGCUGGUACCUGGCCACCGGAGAGGAGAUCUACGAUGUCCCCGGGAUCCGCCACGUGCACCCAAAUGGCACCCUUCAGAUCUUCCACUUCAACCCCUCUAGCUUCAGCAACCUCAUCCAUGACAACACCUACUAUUGCACAGCGGAGAACCCCUCAGGGAAAAUCAGGAGCCAAGAUGUCCAUAUUAAGGCUGGUGAGUUGUCUAUCUAGUUGGUUUAUGCCUAUACUUUACAGUAGGGUUGUUUAUUUACAGUAUAGGGGCAAUGCCAGGGCUGGGGUUGAUUCCAUUUCAGUUCAGUCAGUUUAAGAGGUGAACUGAAGAAACUGAAUUAACCCUAGACCAUAAUGAUACAAUAUAAUACUGUUCUAUUUAAUAUUGUGCCCUGGACAAUAAAGUGGUUAGUGGUCAGUGUGGUUCUGGAAAUGGACUGUUGAUUACAGAGGUGGGAGUUAGGGCUGCAGACAGUAUGGCUGUGGAGAAGUUGACCAGAAGCUUGUUGGUCACUAAGUGGGGCUAUAUUGCUUGGGUUACUAGUGACCACAAGCGAAGCCUUUCAGCUGGAAAUGUACAAUGUGAACCACAGACAUCACAUUGGGUUGAGAGUGUGAGCAAAGUAGUGAAUAAAGCAAAGGGACAAAAUAUAUAGACUUACCAAAUGUUUUGCCAAAACAGGAAAAUAAAAGUCAAUUCAUUCAUCAGUGUCAUUUCUUGUGUAAUUUCUUAUGUUUCUCAACAAGAACAUUUGUCCGUUUCCCCCCAUCUCUUUCAGUUCUACGAGAGCCCUACACGGUCCGCGUGGAGGACCAGAAAGCCAUGAGAGGCAAUGUGGCGGUGUUCAAGUGCAUUAUCCCAGCCUCGGUGGAGGCCUACAUCACUGUUGUGUCCUGGGAGAAAGACACAGUGUCAAUCAACGUCCAGAGUAAGUCUCUGCUCUCUAAUCGCUACUGUAAUGUAUAUAGAGAAACGUACUGUAUGUAAUUUUUUCUCUUACAGAAACAGUCUGGUAAGUGAGUAUCACACUGCAAGAAAAGAAGGCCAUAGGUUUUAGAUAGUGUUUUGACCCCAGGGAUGUGUGCAUGUGCUAUGCCCUGUCUGUCUGCAAGGCCUUUUGAGGUCAGCCUAGACUAGUAGACUAGCGCCCAUGUCCCUUGUCCCUGUUCCAACCAUGCAACCAGCCCGUUGCAUUGUCUUGUGUCCACAUCUGUCUGAUCUCAUGACAGACUGGCCCUAUUUCACUGCUGACCUGGGCUGGAUGACAGUCUUCCACGAGAGCAAGGAGGAGGCCAUGGAAGCCCUG